ACAAAAACCUACAAAUAAUUCCAAAUUUUCACCAUUUGUACACCCGUUUAGAAACAAUGACUAACCAAAUCACUAACAGACUCUCUCUAUUCAUCUUCCUCACUAUACUUGUCACUCAUUACUCAAUCAUCCCAUUUCCCAGAUUCGCCAAUGCCGGAAAAAUUCACAUCACAGAUGAUCUCGAUGACAUUAUUGACGAUGAAGAAGAUGAUGAUUGGAAGAACUGGGGCAAGAAAAAACCAAACCCAUCACACGAAUUUGACUUAAAUCCUUCCGAUUUCGAUAAAAUGGAACCUGCCCAGAUCCAAGCUGAGAUGAUGAAGCAUCAAACUGGUCCUGUUUUCGGGUUUGUUAAGCUCAGAUUAGGCGUCCAAAGAACCCCGGAUGAGGUUUCAGUGACGGCCAUGAAAUGGAGUAAAGUUUCGAAAACGGGAGGUUUAGAGGUGAAGUUCAUGGGGGUGGAUCUUGGUACAGUCAUGUUUACAAUGGAAGCAGGCCAAGAUAGAGAUCAGCUCAAGGAGUUCAUACUGGAGCAGCCAGAUGCAUAUGAAGUCAAGAUUGGGGACUAUAUUUACCGGAGACCUGGAGAUCCUCCAUUGGAAGAGGUUAUUGAGAAGCUACAAUCAGAGAAAGGUGAUAGUCCUAAUAGCGAGCAUGAGAAGGAUGAACUGUAGAGCAAAGUGUGAUACAUAGUCGCUUAGGCUCGACUCCUAAUGAACACUCGUACGCACCUAACAACAGAAAAUGUACUCCUAACUUGUAGUUUACCUAAUGUAUUAUCAGACAUUCCAGAUGGACAAACUUUGCAAUAUCAAUUACUAUAUUUCAUUAUUUCCUUUUUCCCAUGAAAGUGCACAUUUUGGUUUCUUUCUGAAGGCUGAAAGUAGAGUUCACUACUACUAUGAUGAAACAUCAACGGAAAAUUAGACAUGGAAGCUAAGCUCCAAACAAAGAUGUACAAUCUUUUUGGAAAAUUGGGGUAAGGUCAAUAUCCUACAAGCAAGGGCAGGGAAAAUUGAUUUUUUUUUAUAGGUUGUGAGAAUCGGGCCCCU